AUGUGCGAGAAUCUUGCCGUCCCCGCCAUGACAACGGGACAGCAGGAAGACAGAUGGGAACAGCAGGAGGACAAAUUGGAACUUAUAAAGACAGAUGACGACAGUAGGAAGACAGAUGGGAACAGUGUAAAGACAGAUGACUACAGUAUGAACACAGAUAGGAACAGUAUGAAGACAGAUGACUACAGUAUAAAGACAGAUGACGACAGUAGGAAGACAGAUGGGAACAGUAUGAAGACAGAUGACUACAGUAUAAAGACAGAUGACGACAGUAGGAAGACAGAUGGGAACAGUAUGAAGACAGAUGACUACAGUAGGAAGACAGAUGGGAACAGUAUGAAGACAGAUGACUACAGUAUAAAGACAGAUGACUACAGUAGGAAGACAGAUGACUACAGUAUGAAGACAGAUGACUACAGUAUGAAGACAGAUAGGAACAGUAUGAAGACAGAUGACCACAGUAUAAAGACAGAUGACUAUAGUAGGAAGACAGAUGGGAACAGUAUGACGACAGAUGGGAACAGUAUGAAGACAGAUGACUACAGUAUGAAGACAGAUGACUACAGUAUGAAGACAGAUAGGAACAGUAUGAAGACAGAUGACGACAGUAUAAAGACAGAUGACUACAGUAUAAAGACAGAUUACUACAGUAGGAAGACAGAUGGGAACAGUAUGAAGACAGAUGACGACAGUAUAAAGACAGAUGAGUACAGUAUGAAGACAGAUAGGAACAGUAUGAAGACAGAUGACUAUAGUAGGAAGACAGAUGGGAACAGUAUGAAGACAGAUGGGAACAGUAUGAAGACAGAUUACUACAGUAGGAAGACAGAUGGGAACAGUAUGAAGACAGAUGACGACAGUAUAAAGACAGAUGACUACAGUAGGAAGACAGAUGGGAACAGUAUGAAGACAGAUGACUACAGUAGGAAGACAGAUGGGAACAGUAUGAAGACAGAUGACUACAGUAUAAAGACAGAUGACUAUAGUAGGAAGAUAUAUGGACAGUAUAAAGACAGAUGA